UUCUUUCAUUUUUGCUAAGGGUGCCCAAUCCUUUCAGCUAUGCUAACUUUUCUUUUACAUUAAAUGUCACUAAACGGUAAAAUAUUACAUUUCAUACGCACUCCAUCCCUGCCCUACACCUGUCCUCUCUGAUUCAGUUUUCUUUUACCUUUCUCUUCUAUUUCGUGUCACUGAUAACCGCUAUUGUUAAGCAUUUUAUUUGAAAUUUCUUUCAACUUCCACGUUCCUUGCGACAGCUUCCUUAUCUACCCAUUAAACCCUAUUUUCCGCUCCAUUUAUUUCUCUGUAACUGUUUUUUCUUUUAAAAAAAAUCACAUUUAUAUACCAUUAUAUAUAGUACAAUGGUUGUCUCUACUACUAGAUCAACCCCAACCUCUGAUAAGGAAAAAACUAAAAUACCUAGGAUAAUGAAACUCAAAAUUGUGAAGAAAACCAGUUCAACUGGUGAUGGUGGUGUCAAAGCAGAAAUGGUGGGUUCUAAGAAGAAGGGUAAGGCUCUAGGGACUGGUCCUUCAAAAAAAAGAAAACUGGAGUUUGAUACUGUGAAGGAGGAUAAGGGAGUUGUUAUUGUGGAGCCUAGUCUUAUUGUGAAGAAUUGGGAUUAUUGGCUUCUUGAUGAGCAGCGUUACAGUUGUCGGGUGACUAUGGGCACAAAGUUUAAAGUUAUUGAGGAUAUCAAGAAAAGUCUAUCUGCCCGGCAAUUGGAACUUCUUGGUGAGACUUUUCUUGGUCAUUUUUCUGGAAUUAAAACCAAUCCUCAAUCAGCCACAAUUGCUUCAUUCCAUUUUGAUGCGUGA